UUUCGCAGUGGCUGGCAAGAAGAGAGAUGCGAGCGAGUGCCAUGGCAUCUAGUAGUACGACAUCAUCGGCGUCGACUAUGGCGGCGGCGGCGGAGGCAACGCAGCGCGAGGACGUGGAGUCGCGACGUGGUGGUGAUGAGCAUGGCCAUGGCGACAGCAAGAGGCGGCCUCUGCUGGUGAAGCGGCGGUCCGCUGUCGGAGGCGGCGAUGACGGGGAUGGUGGGGGGAUGAGCCCGGUUCAGAGGGCGAUCAGCCAGACGUACCAGAGCACGGCGCACCUGGCGAAGCUACUGCCGACGGGCACCGUGCUGGCGUUCCAGCUGCUGUCGCCGAUCGUCACGAACCAGGGCCACUGCGUCCAGGCCAACCGCGCCAUGGCGGCCACGCUCAUCGCGCUCUGCGCGCUGUCGUGCUUCGUCCUCAGCUUCACCGACAGCUUCAGGGACGGCGCCACGGGCGCCGUGCGCUACGGCUUCGCCACGCUCGGGGGGCUCUGGGUCAUCGACGGCGGCGCGCCGCUCGACCCGCAGGCCGCCGCGGGGUUCCGGAUACGGCUCCUGGACCUGGUGCACGCGGUGAUGUCCGUCAUGGUGUUCGCCGCCGUCGCGCUGUUCGACCAGAACGUGGUGUCGUGCUUCUACCCGGUGCCGUCGGAGGGCACGAGGCAGGUGCUCACGGCGCUGCCGAUCGCCAUUGGCGUGGUCGGGAGCAUGCUGUUCGUCAGCUUCCCGACCACCCGCCAUGGCAUCGGGUUUCCACUCUCGCCGCACUAAUAUUAGAAUUCUGCGGUGGCUGUGCAUAUCUCGUUGUAGUUCUUUACUUGCAUGUAAAUUAUUACACGAACAACCUGUAAACUGAUCACUCAAGGCCCCAAUGGGCUCGCGAAGAGGUAUACAAUAUUAACUUUAAUCGAUCAA